GGAGGGGCAGGCCCACCCACCCACCCCUUCCUGCGCGCCCGGUCCUCGGCGGGGUGAUGGUCGCGCCGCCGCCGCCGCCGGACAAGAGGCGCAGCGACAAGGCCGCCAACUCCUCCCCCGUACAGGAACAUGGCGGGGAGGGGGGGAGGGCCUCCGCUUCCGGUCCUGCGCAGUGGGCGCGGGGGCAGGCGGGUACUCGGAGGCGAGGCGAGCGGAAUCGAAAGUUGAAAGCCGUCGCUGGGAGGAGCGGCCGCCCCGCCAGCCUGGACGCCGCCGCCGCCGCCGUCACCCCCCCGGAGGAGGAGGAGGAGGCCGGUCGGCGUCUCCCUUCCCGGAGUCCGGUUCCCGCGUUGCCGCCCCUGCCGGACAAUGCCCAGCGGCCCCCGGGCCCCCCGACGGCCAUGAGCUCCCCGCCCGACGCCGCUUCCUCCUCCUCCGACUGCAUCAUCGUCCUGGACGACGACGACGAGGAGGAGGAGGACAGCCGCCCGGCCCCGCCCGGCCCCUCCGACGACGCCCGCGGCCCCCCCCGCCCGCGCUGCCCCCGCCCGCCCCCUCCGACGACGACGACGAGCCCCCCGCUGAACGGCAGCAGCAGCGGCGGCGGCCCCGAGGAGAAGGGGCUCCGCGCAGGGAACGAGCGGCUCUUCCAGGAGUUCGUGGCCUUCUGCUCCAAGCACACUGAGGACCACCCCGAGGUCAUCGACUACCUGUCCGGCCGCCACCAGAAGACCAGUCCAGAGUACCUGGCCUCGGUGGAGUUCCACAACGUCCUGAGCCGCUGCCUGACGCGGGUGCAAGCCAGGAGAAACAAAGUCUACGUUUACAUUAACGAACUCUGCACCACUUUCCGUGCCCAUUCACAGAGGAAAAGGGCUGUGGCCCCCGGCCCCGCAGGCGCCCAGGAUGCCCCGGCUGCCCCUGCCCCCCAGACGCCCUCCGAGCCCGCCAAGCCCUGUGUGGGCAACAAGCGGCAGAUCCGCUACCUGGAGAACCUGCUGCGGGUUUACGCCACCGAGAUCCAACGGCUGCAGGAGCAGGAGCUGGACUUGGAGGAGCUGGAUAGCCAGGAUUCGGCCUACCUGCAGGAAAGCCGCCUCAAGCGCCGGCUGAUGCACGUCUUCAAGCGCCUCUGCCAGCUGAAGGACUGCAACAGCCUGACCGGCCGCGUCAUAGAGCAGCGCAUCCCCUACCGCGGGACCCGCUAUCCAGAGGUCAACCGGCGCAUCGAGCGGCUGAUCAACCAGCCGGAGGCCUUCCCGGACUUUGCCGACAUCCUCAAGGUGGUGCAAAAGGCCAACGACCGUCACAACCUGGGGCUGCCCAAGCGCCAGAUGGAGGUCAUGGCACGCGACGCCUUCCGUGACGUGGGCGCCCAGCUGCAAGAGCGGCGACGCCUCGACCUGGUGUACAACUUUGGCAGCCAUCUCACCGAUCAGUAUCGGCCUAAUACUGACCCAGCCCUGGCGGAUGUGGAGUUAGCCCGGCACCUGCAGCGCAACCAGGCGCUGGGUGUGCAGCGCUUGGAGGAGGUGAUUGCUCAGUUCGCUCAGCUGCAGGACAAGAGCGAGGAGCAGCAGCAGCAGGGGGGCAGAGGGACCCAGUCCAGCAGAGCCGCGGAGGGGGAGCCGGCCUCCCCAAAGGAGUCCGUCUCGGGCACAGCCGCCAGAGAGGACAGCGGCACAGGCCCCAAGGAGAGCAGUAAGAAGGGGGCACCGUGGGAAGAAGAGGAGGAGGAGGAGGAAGAAGAGGAGGAGGAGGAAGAAGAGGAAGACUCGGACUCGGAGUCCGACCUAGAGGCAGAGCUGGCCCACUGCCUGGAUGGUGGAGAGGAGGAAGAGGAGGAAGAGGAGGAGGAGGCAGCUCCAGGUAAGGGCCCCCCUGCUCUGGACGCAGAGGCCGACCAGCAGAUGGAGGUGCCCGAGGUGGUCCUGUUCUCUGAGGAGGAGGAGGAGGGUCUCCUGCCCUCUUGGGAGUCUCAGCAGCUGCUCUUGCAGAUGAAGCAGGAGGAGGAGGAAGGGGGGGAGGCCAGCCCAGCCCCCUCUCCUGGGGGGCAGCAGGACUCGGCCCCCAGGGCCGCCAAGCGCAGCCAGUCGCUGGAGAACGGGGAGCUCAACGGGCAGCAGCCGGCCAGCAAGAGGAGCCGUGCUUGGGGGCAGCCCCCCAUUUGCAACAGCAUCAGCAGCACCACCCCCUCCUCCGCCAGGGAGGGGGGCUGCAUCAAGGUGCCCAGCUCUGGCUCCGAGGGGGGGGAGGAGGAGGAGGAGGAGUGGCCGCCCCCCCAGAGCCCGGCCCCCAUGGCCGACUCCACCCGCCCGGACUCCCCCGGAUUCGGCCUGGUCUCCAGCAGCCAGGGCAGCCCCAGGACCCCGGCCCCACGGCGGCAGCAGCGGCAGCAGCGGUCCAAGCAGCCGCCGGAGGACCCCCUCACCAGGACCAGCGUGGCCACCCAGUGCGACCCGGAGGAGAUCAUCGUCCUCUCCGACUCGGAGUAGCCGCGGACUUCGCGGGGGGGGGAGGGAGGGGCGGGGCGGGGGGAUUCGGAAUAAAAGGACUAUUUUUCUGCA